AUGAAUAAUGAUUUGGCUACUGCGUCGUCCUCUAAUUCCACCAUUGCUUCAGUCGCAGAAAGUUCUGAUCUUAUGAGAAAACCCAUUUUGCUCCUAUCAGAAAUAGGAAGAUUAUUUCAACAAUAUGUAGUAGAUGAAUGGAUAAAAAUUGAAAGCCAACGAUUAGACUUUGCUUCUUUUAAUCAAGCUUUAUUUAGGACUGAUGUAUUAGACGGAAUUUUGGAUGUUUUACGUAAGGGGGAAAGAGAAGCUUCGCAUAUAGGAAAACAACGUAUACUUCCACCUAGCUUUACAGGAGGUCCACGAGAUAUGCGUAGACGGUAUAUGGAUGCUAUUGCAUUAGUGCAACGUUUUGGAAAACCUGAUAUAUUUUUAACUAUAACAUGCAAUCCUUCUUGGCCUGAAAUAGCAGAAAAACUUAUAUCAACCGAUGAGGUACAAAAUAGGCCAGAUCUGACUAAUGAUGUAAAUGUAGAGAUAGAUGAAAUAAAAGAAUAUCAAUCUGCUAGGUGGGUAUCACCACCUGAAGCUGCUUGGAGAAUAUUUGCUUUUCCUAUUAGUGAAAUGAAUCCAACUGUAUAUCACCUACAACUCCAUCUUGAUGGACAACAACUUGUUUCCUUCAAAAGUACCGAUAACAUUAGUAAUAUUGCAAAUAAUCCCAUUAUAAGAAAAACAAUGUUAACCGAAUUUUUCUUAAUGAAUAAAUCAAACAAAGAAGCUAUGGACCUAAAUUUAUUAUAUCGUGAGUUUCCUGAACAUUUUGUAUGGUCAACAACAGAUAAAAUUUGGACACGUCGUAAACGAGGUCACGUUAUUGGACGUGUAGUGACAUGUCAUCCAACCGAAGGAGAAAGAUACUAUCUUAGACUAUUGUUAAUGAAUGUAAGGGGGCCAAAAUCAUAUGAAGAUCUACGAAGUGUAAAUGGAGUACAAUAUAAUUCUUUUAGAGAAGCUGCUGAAAAACGAGAACUAUUACUUUGUGAUAACAAUUUGGUAGAAUGCAUGUCUGAAGCUGCAAGUUAUCAAAUGCCAUCCAGUUUAAGACAAUUAUUUGCUAUGUUAUUGAUUUAUUGUAAUCCAACAAAUCCUAGGGAAUUAUGGGAGAGAUUUGAAAGUCCUAUGUCUGAUGAUUUCAGUAAAAGUUCAAAUAUAAAUGUAAGACAAAUACGUUAUAAAGUAUUAAAUUAUAUUAAUGAUAUUCUUCAUUCAAUGGGUCGUGACAUUAAUGAAUUCGAACUAAUUUCAGAAUAUAUCAAACCUUCAUCAAUAGCAAGAGAAGCUAAAGAAGUUCAUUAUGAAAGAAAUAUCAUCGUUAGUGAGGAAGAUUUAUUAUUAAAAGAUAAAUUGAACUCUGAACAAAUAAAAGCUUACAAUAUUAUUCUUGAUAGAGUAUUGUCAAAUAAAUUUGGAGCAUUUUUUAUUGAUGGCCCUGGUGGAACGGGUAAAAGUUUUUUAUAUCGUGCUUUAUUAGCUACAGUAAGACAUAGGGGAUUGAUAGCUUUAGCAACUGCAAGUUCUGGUGUUGCAGCUUCACUUCUUCCUGGAGGUCGAACUGCUCAUUCUCGAUUUAAAAUUCCUAUUGAUGUCGAUGAAAAUUUUACUUGCAAUAUUAGUAAACAAAGUUCACUGGCAUCUUUAAUACGAGAUGCACGAUUAAUUGUGUGGGAUGAAAUUUCAAUGGCAAAAAAGAAAAUGGUUGAAGCAUUUGACUUACUAUUAAGAGAUCUAAUGGAAAGAAAUACGUUAUUUGGUGGUAAAAUAGUUGUUUUUAGCGGUGAUUUCCGACAAACUCUUCCUGUUGUUCGUAGUGGAAAAAAAGAAGAUUUUAUUCGCGAAUGUUUAUUGUGUUCUGAAAUAUGGAAUGAACUUGAAAAACUACAAUUAUCAAAGAAUAUGCGUGCAACUAAAGAUCCUGACUUUUGUGAAUUUUUAAUGAGAAUUGGUAGUGGAAAAGAAAAAACAAAUGACCGUGGAAAAAUUGAAAUUCCUCAUUCUCUCAUUAUUCCUUUUACUUCUGAAAAAGAAUCUCUUGAUCUUCUAUUUAAAAAUACAUAUCCCGAUUUAUACAAAUGUUGUACAAAAACUUCGUUUGUUACUUCUCGUGCUAUUCUAACAACUAAAAAUGAUUUUGUUGAUGAUAUUAAUGACAUGUUGAUCUCUCGAUUUUCAAACAUUGAAAAAGUAUAUAUUGCUAUAGAUGAAACUAUUGAUCCUAAGGAUCAAAGUGAAUACGAAGAUUUCUUACAUACUUUAAAUCCUACUGGUUUACCUCCAUACAAAUUAACUUUAAAGAAGAAUUGUCCGAUUAUGUUACUAAGAAAUUUAAAUCCAUGUGAAGGUUUAUGCAAUGGGACACGAUUAAUAUGUAAUGACUUUAAACCUCAUAUAUAUUGCAACAUGGCGGAAAGAUAUACCAUCAAUAUGAUCACUCCAGAUACUAAAAAUUGGACAUGUAAAGUCCAAGUUGUUGAUAAAAGUCGACCAAGGGACAACAAAGAUAAAACCACAAAAUAUCAAGUCCUAAUUCUGCAAGAUGAAGAGGAGAAUCAAGUUCAGGCCACCAUUUUCAGUACUGAUAUAACAUAUUUUGAAAAAGAAUUUGCUCCUUUCAAGACUUACUUGGUAUCUGUUGCAUAUGUGAAAGUCCCACCUCUUGGAUACGAAAAUCCACUUAACAAAUUCAUUUGGACACUCGACAAAAACACCAUUGUUGAACCAAUUGAAGAGCACCAACACGACUGA